AGUGGUGAUGGGGAAGGGCAGGUGGAGCAGGUAAAUCACCUCUGGACAGGAAGGUAUAAAAGAUACUGGAAUUACAGCGGCGGGGCCACUCGCGCCCGGGGAGCUGGUGGAGGCUCCAGCUCCAACACCAGAAGGCGGCUUGUAAAUAAAACAGACCCUGAGCCUCAGCUCGUCCUCUGGAGAGAAGACUCUUCAGGGGCAGAAAUCAAGAGCCCAGAACAUGCUUUUCUCCUUCUAAACAGAGUCUCCCAGGGCUCUGUUUGUUUCCCGGGGCUCCGUCAUGUCGUGUUUCACGCAGCUGUGGCACUCCAGCACGCCAGACUCUCCCACCAGCCCGACCCCUGCGUCUCCACGAGAAAUCCCCAUCCCCAUCAGCCCCAUCGUCAUCACCUCCCCAGGAGAUGGCAAGAGGAAGGCGAGGUCCCCAACCGACAAGCCCGGCUCUCCAAACCCAACAUCUCCAAAGCCAACCUCCCCCGUUGAGUGUUCCAUUUGCUUCAACACCUACGACAACACCUUCAAGACACCCAAGCUGCUCCAGUGCUCCCAUGUUUUCUGCCUGGAGUGCGUGGCCCGCCUGAGCACAGGUUUGCCCCCAAACCAGCCCGAGGACCAGCUCCCCUGCCCCUUCUGCAGGCAGCUGACCAGCAUCCCUAUGGAAGGUGCCCCAGCCCUCGAGACCAGCAAGGAGCUCCUUGCCACGUUGCCCCCCGAACUCCAGCAAGAGAAGGUGCUCUGGAUGGAAGGGACCAAGCUGUGCUGCCGUCAGUCAUCCGACGACCCUGAGAACCCAGACUCCUGCAUCUCCAUUGACGUCGCCAUGAGCAAGCCGGAGAGCCCCGAUGCCCCCCCGGCGGGGUUAGCCGGGCGGCUGUCCCGCUGCGACAUGUGUGACGACUGGAAACGCAUCGUCCUCCUCUCCGCCUUGAUCAUCAUCCUGUUCUGCAUCAUCCUGUGGCCGGUGCAGUGCGCCCUGAAGACGGGGAACCUCCGCUGCUUCACCAGGACUGUCGCCAUGAGCCGCCCGGAGUACCUCCCCCCAAAACACACCACGGCAGCGACACCCGUGACACAACUCCCUUUUCAGUAGCUUCCAUUGGGCUGCUGUCGGGACAUCCCUUGGUUUGCUGGCAGACCCUGCGCUCCUUCUCGUGCCUGAAGCUCCAACAAACACAUCCACCUCCAGGAGCUUGGCCCAAAUCCUCGCCCGCCAACCUGUCUCCAAGUCCAGGAACGCUCAGGAGCUGCCUCAGCAGCUGCUGCCAACCUCGCCAUGGAAACCAGAGCCUCAAAGACAACAGAGAGGUUUCAAGGACCGUUCGCCAUGCACCGCCUUGGCUGCAUCCCAGAUGACAGUGGGUGUAGCUCCGUAACUCCCUCAGGGAAUAAAAGGCUAUUUUUUUGGCAAA